ACAUGCAAAUUUAUAACGACAUAGGUAUAGGGUACAGGUGGAGAAGAUUACCAGCUUGCCUAAUAGUCGGUCUUUUGCACUGACGGUGAUCGGCCCGCUAAAUCAGAGAUGUUGAUGCCCAAGAGAAACCGCGUUGCCAUCUAUGAGAACCUCUUCAAAGAGGGGGUCCUGGUGGCCAAGAAAGACUGGUAUCUGCCCAAGCACCCAGAUCUGGACGUGCCCAACCUGCAGGUCAUCAUGGCCAUGAAGUCUCUGAAAUCGCGAGACUACGUGAAGGAACAGUUUGCCUGGCGGCACUACUACUGGUACCUGACCAACGAGGGCAUCCAGUACUUGAGGGAAUACCUCCACCUGCCUCCCGAGAUUGUCCCCGCCACGCUGAAGAGACAGCCCAGGCCGGAGGCUGCCAGACCACGGCCCACCAAGGAGAUGCCACCAAGAGGUCCCUCUGGUGGCGAUGCCCAGCGUGAGGCCUACCGUCGUGGACCUCCCGGAGCUGGUGGGCCGGACAAGAAGGGCGAUGUUGGUGCUGGAGCAUCACCAGCCUUUGAGUUUAGAGGAGGGUUUGGCCGUGGCAGCGGACAGCAACACCAGUGAGGCGUGGAGUCCAGCAUCGUUCAUCUAAAAUGGGAGGGGGGGUGGUCAUAUCUAUUUUACAGCUGGCAGUAGCCGUUUAUGUCUGGGCACUAUGCUGUCAAAAUUGCAAGUGGGUUGUGUCCUACGUGAGGCUAGGACUGUGAUAUCUGCUGUAUUGCACAUCUUUCUUAAGCCACGUCCGAGUUGGUCUCAUGUCUAGGGCUUCCAUUGUAUCCAAUAGUGUGCCUUGGCCAAGAGCCACAGCCCUAGACAUCGCUUGAUUUGGACAACCUUACCGUCAGCAGAUAGCAGGAGACAAUCCUGUGUUGGUCUCGCAUUGUGGAAGACAACGGGCAGAUACCUUGGUAUUGAGAACUACAACAACCAAUGGCUGUGCUUCAGGCGACUAGACAAAUAUGGCUGCUGCUUUCAUGUUAUCAGUCUUUGUGCAUAACAUUCAAAUAAAUCCGGGCCAUGAGCAGCCCCAUUACAAACAGAAUGUGAAAAA